CCGGGAUUUGAACGGAAAGCCCCCCGGCCCUCUCCGCCUCCCGCCUUCCUCUUGGCGCCCGCUCCCUCCGUGCCACGGACAGGCCGAGAAUGCCGCCCAGGCGGAGGAGGCAGCGCCGCUGCUGCUGGCCGCUGCUGGCUGCCCUGCUCGUGAGCUGCGUGGCCUGCCAGGCUCCGCCGGUGCCGGCCGCGGAGCCCCAGUGGGAUGGGAAAGACGUGUUUGUCCGGAGGAGCUACGUGCCUGAGCAGUGCCCGCGCGUCGUGCGCUCCGGCGACUUCGUGCGCUACCAUUACCACGGCACCUUCCCGGACGGCCGCAAGUUCGAUUCCAGCUAUGACAGGGGUUCCACAUUCAAUGUAUUUGUGGGGAAAGGCCAGCUGAUUGCAGGAAUGGACACCGCUCUGGUGGGCAUGUGUGUGAAUGAAAGACGAUUGGUGAAAAUUCCACCUCAUCUUGGCUAUGGGAGUGAAGGUGUUUCUGGUGUCAUUCCUGCAAACUCGGUGCUUCAUUUUGAUGUGCUUUUGAUUGACAUUUGGAACACCGAAGAUCAGAUUCAGAUUCAGACUUAUUAUAAGCCAGGAAAUUGCACCAGGACAAUUCAGGUGUCUGAUUUUGUACGGUAUCAUUACAACGGCACAUUUCUAGAUGGGACACUGUUUGACUCCAGUCACAAUAGGAUGCGAACAUAUGACACCUAUGUGGGAAUUGGCUGGCUAAUCCCUGGUAUGGACAAGGGUCUCCUAGGAAUGUGCGUAGGUGAAAAGCGCAUCAUCACAGUGCCGCCAUUCCUGGCGUAUGGAGAAGAUGGAGAUGGUAAAGAAAUUCCUGGUCAGGCUUCUCUGGUCUUUGAUGUGGCUCUCCUAGACCUUCACAAUCCCAAAGAUGGCAUCAGUGUUGAGAAGCAGUACGUGCCUGAACCCUGUGAGCGGACAAGCCAAGUAGGGGACUUCCUCAGAUAUCAUUACAAUGGGACCCUUCUGGAUGGCACGCUGUUUGAUUCCAGUUAUUCACGAAACCACACAUAUGACACCUACAUUGGGAAAAAUUAUAUAAUUGCUGGGAUGGAUGAAGGCUUGCUUGGUGUAUGCAUUGGAGAGAAACGGAGAAUAACAAUCCCACCUCACCUUGGAUAUGGCGAAGAGGGAACAGGGAAGAUUCCAGGAUCUGCAGUGUUGGUUUUUGACAUUCAUGUGAUAGACUUCCACAAUCCUUCAGACUCGGUUGCCAUUACAACCCAUUACAAACCGAGCAACUGCUCAAUACUGAGCAAAAAAGGCGAUUACUUGAAGUACCACUACAAUGCCUCACUCCUAGAUGGCACUGUGUUAGAAUCAACGUUUAACCUUGGCAAAACCUAUAAUACAGUACUAGGAUUUGGACAAGUUGUGUUGGGAAUGGAUAUGGGCCUGACAGAUAUGUGUGUAGGAGAGAGAAGAACUGUUAUCAUCCCGCCUCAUUUUGGUUACGGAGAAACUGGAGUUGAAGGAGAAGUGCCUGGUAGUGCUGUAUUGGUUUUUGACAUAGAAUUGCUAGACUUAGUGGCUGGCUUGCCAGAAGGCUAUAUGUUUAUAUGGCAUGAUGACGUCUCUCCUAACUUGUUUGAAGAAAUUGACAAGGACAACAAUGGAGAAGUUCUUCUGCAAGAGUUCUCUGACUAUAUCCAUGAGCAAGUUAAUUCUGGAAAAGGAAAGCUGGCUCCAGGCUUUGAUUCUGAAAAAAUUGUAAAAAAUAUGUUCAGCAAUCAGGACCGGAAUGGAGAUGGUAAGAUUACAGCUGAAGAAUUCAAAUUGAAAGACCAGGAGUCAAAGGGACAUGAUGAAUUGUAGUUUGAACAUUUAUUUUCUGAUUGUGAGCUGAACUGCUGUUAGAACGUGUGCAUCAUAGAAACGGGUUGAAAUGCACGCACACUUAAACUGAGGAUAGUGAAAACAAAAGCUCAUGUCUCUAUAUUUGUGAUGCAGGUUAAGGCGGUGAUGUGAUGGAAUUUUUUUUCUUAUGGCAUUUAUUGGCUAACAUGAAGAGCCUUGAAAUGUUUGAAAGUGGUUUUAUAAAGGCCUCACACAGCCUACUAUACUGACGCGCGCAAUCUCUGUACCCUAUUUCAGAGAUAUAGUCUAAAAUGUGAUGGAUUACCAAUACAAAAGUGUGAGAAUUUCCAUUCAGGACCCUCCUCUUUUCACAUAUUGCUGCUUCACUGUUACCAAGUAUAGACGAUAAACUAUUUAAAAAUGUUAGUUUUUGUGAGCUCCUGCUUGACAUUGACUCCUCCCUCACUCCAGAUGAAGCUAAGGUGAUAAAGACUAGCACUAUAGGUACCAGAGAUUCAUGCUUCCCUAAACCCUUUAAUGCCCACUGUCACAUUAUUAAAUGAUGCAGGAAAGAAUUGCCACACAACAGCAAAUUUUUCUUAUCCUGUGUUUAACCUGCAUAUUACAUAAACAAGAAAGAAAUGUAUUGGAAACAGACAAAGCUGUGCUUUUUUUUUUUUUUUUUUUUUUACAAAAAGUAGAGUGGUAGAUUGUUGUUUGUAAAGCAUGGAACUAUUUCCAUCUACUACUUGCGUAAGUAAUAAUCCUCAGAUAAAAUCAGUGUAAUAAGGACCUCUAAAGAGGAUCACAAGCUUCCAAUUGCAUCUAUUAAAAACACAUUGUAGAUGUGACUAAAUAUUUAAAAUGAGAGCAUAAAUUAUGUGAAAAAGCCACUCCCCAAAUCCUGAGGCAAUGAUCGCAGUCACAGUAGCACUGAAUAGCAAUAGAACGGAACAAAUUGAGAUACCACCUUUAAUUGUGUGAAUGGUGCUAAUUUUAAACUCAAGACAUGCUUAGUUUUUUUUUUACAGUAAGUAAAGUUUUGUAGAUUUUAAAACACACUUUGUAUUACUAACAAUGCCAUGAAGAUUUCUCAAAAGUGAUACAUGUUGGUAUUUUUUAAUUAAAUAAAAUAUUGACAAAUAAA